AUGCCCAGACUAAUUACAUUGAUUGUCCGCGGGGGGUCGUCAAUUUGGGCGGCCAUAUUUUCGGCGCAGGUCGCUCAUUGUUUGUCCCGGGUGGAAAUUUUUUUUUGCCGUCCGCAUCGGGCGCCUUUCCGACGAACUGAGCGGAAAAUAUGGAGGCUGAAGACGAGGAAAACUUGGCGGAAGAAGACGUUGCCGAGGAGGAAGGUAUAGAGCGGAGUGUAGAGUUGGAAGAGGCGGUGGUACCAGAAGAAAUUCCGGAGCCUGAGCCACCAGAGAAGAAGAAAAAGAAGUCAUCCAAGAAAAAGAAGCCAGCCAAAUCCAAGAAAAGGAAAAGAGACGAGGAGGAUGAUGGAGACCACUCAAGUGACAGUGAUUUUGCCAUUGAGACAGAAACAGUCCGCAAACCAAAAGCCAAGAAGAAAUCUGCAGAACCAAAGGUGCAGAAGUCUUCAGCUGAACUCCUUGAAGAGUUUGGUUUUGAUGACAUAGACUACGAGUUCACUGAAGCUGACUACCAGAACCUCACCACCUACAAGGUCUUCAGCCAACAUCUCAGACCCAUCAUUGCACAGACCAACCCCAAGAUGCCUCCUUCUAAGGUCAUGACAGUGCUGGGUGCGAAGUGGCGUGAGUUCUCCUCAUCCCCCGAGUUUAAGGAGGCGACCAAGGCUGGCCAGGCUGCCCCUCCCCCAGCGCCUGCUGCCCCUGCACAGGCACCUGUCCUGCUCGCACCGGACGGACAGCCCAUCAGGAAGAAGGCCAAGACCAAGGAGGGGAAGGGCGUGGCGGCACAGAAGAGGAAGCAGCGACGCAGCCAGAGCCCCGCCCAGGCCAAGAAACCGAAGAAGAAGGUGGUGGCUCCGCUACGGAUCAAGAUCGCCAAGAAGGCUCGCAAGGGUUCUUCUUCUGAUGACGACGGCGUCAGUGACAGUGAAGAUUUUGACGAUGAGAGCCUCCAGAGUAACCAGUCCAUCCGCACUGAGAGCUCUGCAGGUCGCUCCAGCGCUCGCAAGGCCAAGAAAAAGAUCAAGAAAUCUUCCAAGGGGCCCAAGAAAGGUAAAAAAGACUUCAGUGGUUCAGAGUAUGCCCCUUCAGAUGGUUAUGAGACUGACCAUCAGGACUACUGUGAAGUGUGUCAGCAGGGAGGAGAAAUCAUCUUGUGUGACACGUGUCCACGAGCCUACCAUCUCGUGUGUCUGGACCCUGAACUGGAGCAGGCACCUGAAGGGAAAUGGAGCUGUCCUCACUGUGAAGGUGAGGGUGUUACCGUGGAGAUGGAGGAAGAGGAGGAAAGUGAGGAGGAUGAGCACAUGGAGUUCUGCCGGGUGUGCAAGGACGGGGGCGAGCUGCUCUGCUGCGACUCCUGUCCCUCCGCAUACCACAUCCACUGUCUCAACCCACCCCUCCCAGAGAUCCCUGACGGAGAAUGGGUCUGCCCACGCUGUUCUUGUGAGCCACUGCGAGGACGUGUAGAGAAGAUUCUCCACUGGCACUGGUUCACCCCUGACCCUGCACCUGACAUCCCCAGUCUCAGCGACCUCAACAUGACCUGUGAGGAGGACAGCCAAGAGGCAGAGGCUCUGAGAAAGAAGUACCAGCCGCGGCCGACCCGUCAGUUUCUGGUGAAGUGGCGCGGGAUGUCAUACUGGCACUGCGACUGGGUGACGGAGCUGCAGCUAGAGAUCUACCACCCCGCCAUGUUCCGUAACUACUUCCGUAAGAACGACAUGGACGAGCCCCCGCCGCUGGAGGAUGGCGGUGAGGAGCCCAACGACUCCACGCAGGAUCCCGACAACGACCUGGAGAAGCGAUUCUAUCGCUACGGGAUCCGCCCCGAGUGGCUGACCAUCCAUCGCAUCAUUAACCACAGGAGCCGAUUUGGGGUGGAUAGUUUCCUGGUGAAGUGGCGUGACCUUCCUUACGACCAGAGCACCUGGGAGACCGAGGAGAUCCCCGUCCCUGACUUCCAACAGCACAUCAAGUCCUACUGGGACCACAGAGAGUCGAUAAUUGGCCCUGAGCCCAAGGGUAAGAAAGGAGGGAAGGAGAAGAAAGACAAGAAAGGGAAAGUGAAGAAGGGCAAAGAGGCUAAGGAAAAGGAAGGAGCUGAGAAAGACUCUCCUAUGCCAACUAUCGAUCCCUCUAAGAAGUACGAGAAGCAGCCUGAGUUUAUUGACGACACGGGGGGAACCCUACAUGAGUACCAGCUGGAGGGGCUGAACUGGCUACGCUUCAGCUGGAGUCAGGGCACAGACACUAUCCUGGCUGAUGAGAUGGGGCUGGGCAAAACUAUCCAGACCAUCUGCUUUCUUAACUCACUCUUCCAGGAGGGUCACAGCAAGGGUCCAUUUCUGAUCAGUGCUCCCCUCUCCACCAUCAUCAAUUGGGAGCGUGAGUUUGAGUUCUGGGCGCCGGACAUGUACGUGGUGACGUACUGCGGAGACAAGGACAGCCGCGGCGUCAUCCGGGAGCACGAGUUCUGUUUUGAUGACGACGCGGUGAAGGGAGGGAAGAAGGCACAGAGGAUCAAGAAAGACAGCCAGGUGAAGUUCCACGUGCUGCUGACAUCCUACGAGCUCAUCACCAUCGAUGUGGCCACCCUGCAGUCCAUCGACUGGUCUGUACUGGUCGUGGACGAGGCACACAGACUCAAGAACAACCAGUCUAAGUUUUUCCGAAUCCUGAACGGCUAUAAGAUUGCCUACAAGCUUCUGCUGACAGGAACACCUCUACAGAACAACCUGGAGGAGCUCUUCCAUCUUCUCAACUUCAUGUCUCCUGAGAGGUUCAAUAACCUUCAGGAGUUUCUUGAAGAGUUCCAAGACAUGUCGAAGGACGAGAAGAUCUCCAAACUACACGACAUGCUGGGGCCCCAUCUCCUGAGACGUCUUAAAGCCGACGUUCUUAAAGGAAUCCCAGCCAAGAGCGAGUUCAUCGUCAGAGUGGAGCUGGCCCCCAUGCAGAAGAAAUACUACAAGUGGAUUCUCACACGGAACUUCGAGGCGCUCAACACGAAGGGGAGUGGUCACCACGUCUCCCUCCUCAACGUCAUGAUGGACCUGAAAAAGUGCUGCAACCACCCGUACCUGUUCCCAACUGCUGCCAUGGAAGCGCCACGCCUCAGCAACCACGCCUUUGAGGGGAGUGGCCUGAAGAAGAACUGUGGGAAGCUGAUGGUUCUGGGCAGAAUGUUGAAGAAACUGCAGGCACAGGGUCAUCGGGUGCUCAUCUUCUCACAGAUGACGAAGAUGUUGGAUAUCCUGGAGGAUUUCUGUGAGGCAGAGGGGUAUAAGUACGAGCGUAUCGACGGCGGGGUCACCGGCUCACUGCGCCAGGACGCCAUCGACAGAUUCAACGCUCCCGGGUCCCCCCAUUUCGUGUUCCUGCUGUCGACCCGUGCCGGUGGCUUGGGUAUUAACCUGGCCACAGCAGACACCGUGUUCAUCUACGACUCUGACUGGAACCCACACAACGACAUCCAGGCCUUCAGCAGAGCCCAUCGUAUUGGUCAGGCCAACAAGGUGAUGAUCUACCGCUUUGUGACCAGGGCUUCUGUGGAGGAGAGGAUCACACAGGUUGCCAAGAAGAAGAUGAUGUUGACCCAUCUUGUGGUGCGCCCCGGGCUGGGCUCCAAGUCCACCUCCAUGUCCAAACAGGAGCUGGACGACAUCCUGCGCUUCGGAACAGAAGAACUCUUCAAGGACGACGCCAUUCUGGAAGGAGAGGAUGGGGAGGAGGGUACAGCCAUCCACUACGACGAGUCGGCCAUUAACAAGCUGCUGGACCGCAGUCAGGAGGGGCUGAUCGAGAAGGAGUCAGAGCUCAACGAGUACCUGUCAUCCUUCAAGGUCGCGGCCUACGUCAUGAAGGACCAGAAUGAAGAGGAAGAGAUAGAGCGAGAAGUGAUAAAGGAUGAGGUGGAGCAGGCCGACCCUGACUACUGGGAGAAGCUUCUCCGUCACCACUAUGAGCAGCAGCAGGAGGACUUGGCUCGGACGCUCGGGAAAGGCAAGCGCAUCCGCAAGCAGGUCAACUACAACGACGCCGCGCAGGAGGAGGAAUCUGCGUGGCAAGGCGACCUGUCGGACUACCAGUCGGACUAUUCCAUUGGGUCAGAAGAGGGGACAGACGACGAAGACUUUGAGGAUAAAUCGGAAGCACGUCGAGUGGGAAAGCGAAACUAUCCGACCAAGGAGUCAGACAAGCUGCCCCCUCUAUUGGCCAGGGUUGGAGGGCAAAUCGAGGUCCUCGGGUUCAAUGCCCGUCAGCGUAAGGCUUUCCUGAAUGCUGUGAUGCGUUACGGCAUGCCUCCCCAGGACGCGUUCAACUCUCAGUGGCUCGUCAGGGACCUGCGGGGAAAAUCUGAGAAGAACUUCAGGGCGUACGUGUCCCUGUUCAUGCGCCAUCUCUGCGAGCCUGGCGCCGACAACGCUGAGACGUUUGCGGACGGCGUGCCGAGGGAGGGGCUGUCCCGCCAGCACGUGCUGACACGCAUCGGGGUCAUGAGCCUUAUUAGGAAGAAGGUGAAGGAAUUUGAGCACAUAAACGGGAAGUACAGCAUGCCGGAGCUGUUCACCAAUAACGAGGCGCUGGCAGCCAUCAUCCCGUCGCUGGCGGGCACGUCUGCCACGCCCAGCGCAGUCAGCACGCCGGGAGAGGCAACCCCCAAAUCUCAGCCUGGAUCCGAGGAACCUUCUCGCGCUGCAACCCCGCAGGUUGAGUCGUCAGACACCACCAAAGAAUCAAAACCUGCUGAAGAGGAAGCAAAGGAGGAAGAGACCAGCAAAGAGAAAACAGAGGAAACAGCAGAGAAAAAGGAGGGAGAGACGGAAGAAAAGAAGGAGGAAAAGACAGAAGCUGAGGCUGCGCCCAGCGAUGAGAAACCAGCAGCAGCUGAAGACGCAAAACCUCCAGAGGAAAAGGAACCAGAGAAACAGGAAAAGGAGGAGCCCUCCACAUCUGAAGUGAAGCCUGAGGAGAAAGUUGAGCCGAUGGAGACAGACGCAGAUUCCACCACCAAGGAGGAAAAACCAGAGGCUGAGAAGGAGGAAAGUAAGGAUGUGAAGGAGGAAGGAAAGGAGGAGGCAGCUGCCAUGGAGACAGAUGAGAAGAAGGAGGCAGCUGAAGGGGAGGAGAAGAAGGAAGAAACUAAGGAGGAGGAGAAGGAGACUACGGAGAAGAAAGAGGUCCCAGCGGACUCUACAGAGGAGGCUGAGAAGAAGCCCAAGUCUGCCGAACCCUCCGAGAAACCCAAGGAGGAGGACGACAAGGAGGAGAAGCGUAACUUCAAGUUCAACAUCGCGGACGGAGGCUUCACGGAGCUGCACACGCUGUGGCAGAACGAGCAGCGCGCCCUGCAGCCCACACGGGAGAACGCCAUCUGGCACCGCAAACACGACUACUGGCUGCUCGCCGGCAUCGUACGCCAUGGUUACGGGCGUUGGCAGGACAUUCAGAAUGACAUCUCCUUCGCCAUCAUCAACGAGCCCUUCAAGGGUGACAUGGGCAAGGGCAACUACCUGGAGAUCAAGAACAAGUUCCUGGCACGCCGCUUCAAGCUGCUUGAGCAGGCCCUGGUGAUCGAAGAGCAGCUGAGAAGGGCUGCCUACCUGAACCUGACACAGGACCCCAACCACCCCUCCAUGGCCCUCAACACACGGUUUGCGGAGGUGGAGUGCCUGGCAGAGAGCCACCAGCACCUGUCCAAGGAGUCUCUAGCGGGCAACAAACCGGCAAACGCCGUGCUCCACAAAGUGUUGAACCAGCUGGAGGAGCUGUUGAGUGACAUGAAGGCAGAUGUAAGCCGGCUCCCAGCCACCCUGUCACGCGUCCCUCCAGUCGCUGCCAGGCUGCAGAUGUCUGAGAGGAGCAUCCUAAGCCGCCUUGCGACCCGGACUGACCAACAAGGCCAGGCCACCCAGGGUGGACUGUACAACCCUGCCUCCCAGAACCCCUACACCAACUACCACACCCAGGGCUUCGGGCCGUUUGCCACCACCCUGAACCAGUACCGCCCGCAGCAGCAACAGUUCAGCUUCAGCCAGAUGCCCACACACACUCCAUCCGUGCAGCAGUUCCCCAGUGGUAUCCAGGUACCGGCCUCCGGCCCGCGCCCCGGCCAGCAGCACCUGACCAUGAACCGGUCCCAGCCGACCAGCUCUCCCCUGGGCUCACAACCGCCCUCCACGUCCGGCAACUACUACAGCACCAUGCUGAACAACGCAUCCAGCGCCAUCUCCAACCCCAAGUCGUCGGGGGCAACGGGCGCCUCGGCAACGGUCGUCCCAGACACGUCGAAAUCCGACACCGCGAAAGGCGAGAAGGGAACCAAAGGGGAGGUCAUUUGCAUAGACGAUUGAGCCAAGCGGGCGAAUGACCUAUCCUGGGGUCCUCAACACAUCGGCAGGUCCAAAGACAUCCACCAGACUACAUCACCACUCACCAAAAAUCUAAGACAGAAGCAAAAAAAAAA